UUUAACGAGAAGAGGGAGAAUAAGAGGGAGAGAUAGAGAGAAAGGGGAGGACAGCUGGAGAAGAUUAACUCCGAAGGCAGGAGUGCAAAAGAGAGAAUAUUCGGUUACCGAGAGAAGCAAAAAAAAAAAAAAAUGGGCAUCGACCUUAGCGGCUAUUACCAGCUAGUUUCCCAAGAGAACAUGGAAGCAUACUUGGCUGCUCUCGACAUCAAUAUUGCUUUGAGGAAGAUUGUUUGUCUCUUGCGGCCAGACAAAGAGAUUAUACAAAAUAGUAACCGAAUGGUGAUUCGAACAUUGACCACUUUUCGAAACUAUGUGAUGGACUUCCCACUUGAUGAAGAGUUUGAAGAAGACCUAAGUGCCGUUGAUGGACGCAAAUGCCGGCAGACUACAGUUCGCUGGGAGGGUGAUUACCUGGUUUGCAUUCAAAAUGGUGAAAAGGCCAAUCGGGGAUGGAAGCAUUGGUUAGAAGGUGAUUUAUUGCAUCUGGAAAUGACAGUUGAAGGUGUCACCUGCAAACAAAUAUUUAAGAAAGUUAAGUGAAGAUGGCUGCCUCAACAUCAUCUUCACUGCUCUGUAUACAUCCAGUGUAAUCUAGAAGAAGAACAUUACAAAGCCAGUUUAUAUCUGUAGAUGUUGCUGUCAUUCAUGAAAUACAUCUUUCCUAAUGAAGAGUCUUCUUAUUAUAUAUUGUUUAAAAUGCUCAACAAGUGCCAGAUUAAAACAAAUGGACAUUAGCUAUUAACAAGAUUUAGUCUCUUUAGACAAACUAACCACAUUUUAUUUUGGUACCAAUUCUUUUUAAUUAAAUAACGUUUUUUACAUUGCCUUGAA